UUUUCAACUGGUCGUUCAGUACAGCACCGUUUCAGAACGUAAAUACAUACGAAACGCAGCCCAGAGGCGUAAUCGUUAUCAUUCCGAUUUGCAACUAAAACUAGAGUUUCUAUUGGACAAAUGCACGUAUAUCCCGCCCCGUUUUGUUCGCUUCCGUUUAAGAAACAUUUUGUAACAGAAUCUGCGUAAAUAAUACGCUCCGAGAGAGAUAAGGCGUCGUAACACUGACGGCGUUAUGCGACACCGUCUGAUCGAUGGCUCCGUGCUACAAAACGUCCCGAACACUGGAAUUAUCCAAAUGUUGGGCUCGAACGCACCUAAACUCUUAUUACCGUGUAAAAUAAAGUAAACAACGGAAUACGUGUGAUGAAAUUAUCAGGAGCUGGUUUUCCGUUUCACUCGGUGUGGCGUGGCAGGCUGGGCUCGAUCUGUGUGUGGAUCACUUCCAAACUAAAUCAGUAACAGGACGCGUGUAAAUGAUUGGAUUUAAAGACCGUAACACACAGGUUAGCUAACGUUACUUCCAACUGCAAACAUGGAGACUAAACUUAAGACUGCAGCUCAGACUGCUCUGGACUUGGAGCGAGAAAGACAGUAUUGUGAACUUUGUGGGAAAAUGGAGAAUCUCCUAAAGUGCGGCCGGUGUCGAAACUCGUUUUACUGCAGCAAGGAGCACCAGAAGCAGCACUGGAAAAUGCACAAGGUGAAUUGUAAAGAAUCCGAGGUAAAACCACAGGUUUCAAAACAGAAGUCUGCUGAACCUCAGGCACCGUCCGGGGGGAUAGAGGGACAGACACUACCGUCACCACAACUAAAGACACGCGUCCAACCCGACAACACCGCAUCACCGAGCGGAGAGACAAGAAUGAAAGGUUUUAUAACUAACGCAGAGUGCGCUGGCUCCUCGGUCGGGAAACCAGGCGGGUCGAACACCAAACCCAACGGACAGACCACCACCCGGUCCACGCCUCAGAAUCUCGCCAUUGAGUACAUCGUCCCGUGUAUGAUAAAGCAUGGGAUAUGUGUUGUUGACAACUUCCUCGGCGGUGAAACGGGGCUGGCCAUCUUGGAAGACGUUAAAUUGUUGCAUAAAACCGGGAAGUUUACCGACGGUCAGUUGGUCAGUCAGAAAACGGACUCCACUAAAGACAUUAGGGGAGAUAAGAUCACAUGGAUCGAGGGCCGAGAGACCGGAUGUGAGAAGAUCUGCUUCCUCAUGAGCCGGAUGGAUGAUCUGGUCAGACAUUGUAAUGGUCAGCUGGGAAACUUUACAAUAAAUGGAAGGACUAAAGCGAUGGUGGCGUGUUACCCAGGCAACGGGACCGGAUACGUACGCCAUGUGGACAAUCCGAACGGAGACGGGCGAUGUGUCACCUGUAUAUACUACCUAAAUAAAGACUGGGACACCAAGGAACAUGGGGGUGUUCUGCGUAUCUUCCCAGAGGGUAAAGCUCAGUUUGCCGACAUCGAGCCUAAGUUUGACCGGUUGCUGUUUUUCUGGUCAGACAGACGGAACCCACACGAGGUCCAGCCCGCCCACGCUAUCAGGUAUGCCAUCACAGUGUGGUAUUUUGAUGCUGAUGAGCGAGCCAGGGCUAAAGAGAAAUACCUAACAGGAGCUGGAGAGAAAGGAGUGAAGGUGGAACUGAACAAACCAUCAGACCCCAGCUAGUGAGAGAGGAGAAAAAGAGAGAAGAGAGGAGGGGAGGGGAGGAGACCAGAGGAGAGGAGGGAGGGGAGAGAGGAGGAGACAGGAGAGGAGAGGGGAGAGGAGACACCCCAUCUACCAGCCAAGACCCCCCCCCCCCCCCCCCCCUCCAGCCAUGAAGUGCUAAUCCCUGAGAAAGGGAGAGGCCUAAACUAAGAGAGAGGGUGUAAGCGUAAGAGAGAGGAUUUCUUUACGUUUUCUGGAGCUCUACGGGUGGACUGAUUCCACAACUGACCUUGAAUGUCAUGACGUCACAGUACUGCAAGGAGAGACUGUCCCUUCUCUGCUUGUGGCCCAAAGGGGACCCUAUUUCCUACGUAGUGCACUAGUGACCAAAAAAUAGAUGCACAAAUAGUGCACUCUGUAGGGAACACGGUUCCAUUUGGGACAGAGGCGGUGGCUUUUUGGUGAAGACAAUGCUGAGAAAAAAGAAGCUGCCAUUUAGAGAACGCUUUGAGCUUCAGGAUCCAACCGACCCCUGAGAGACUGUCAUUCUGUUGUCUUUUACCAUGUUCUGGUAUUGAGCUUCAGGAUCCAACCGACCCCUGAGAGACUGUCAUUCUGUUGUCUUUUACCAUGUUCUGGUAUUGAGCUUCAGGAUCCAACCGACCCCUGAGAGACUGUCAUUCUGUUGUCUUUUACCAUGUUCUGGUAUUGAGCUUCAGGAUCCAACCGACCCCUGAGAGACUGUCAUUCUGUUGUCUUUUACCAUGUUCUGGUAUUGAGCUUCAGGAUCCAACCGACCCCUGAGAGACUGUUAUUCUGUAGUCUUUUACCAUGUUCUGGUUUUGUGGUUGAUUCCUUAAAGGUACAGAGUCCAUACUGACGAACUCUGAGUUAACCGUAUUGCGAGUGCGUCUCGGAAGCAAGGCUUCUAAUUGGGACAGCUAACUUAGUUUUAAAAGGUUUAAGGGUUCAUUCAGAGUUCGUAAGUAUGGACCCACGGUGUUUUGCUUGUUGUGUUGAUGCUGUUUACAAGGAAUAAGCUGUUUUAAGCUUUUUGUUCAAUGAGGUUUUUAAUUAAGAGGAGAGAUCUCAAUUAAAAUAGUUUUUGAUAACAUGAGAGAUCUCAAUUAAACUUUUUGAUAACAUGAGGAGAUCCUAUUUCUAAAGCUUUUUGAUAACAUGAGGAGAUCCUAUUUCUAAAGGUUUUUGAUAACAUGAGGAGAGACCUCAAUAAAAAAAAUUGGAACGUA